AUGGCCCCCUGCAUUUUCGGCUCUGCUGGGCCGAGCUACCCCGACUGGCAGUGUUCACGGCUUGCGGAGAGCUUUGUUGCUGUUUGGUACCUGACCCUGGUGGAGGCGCACGCAGCCACUUUUACUCCCAGUGCCGGCUUGGGUUCAUACCCCCUCGAGUGUGAGCUCUGGACAUGGCAUGAGGUUUCACGUCCGCACGCCAUCUGUGAAGCUCAACCACAUACUGUUUUGAGCAACUUCCUAGGCUUACCUGUUGCUGCCACACCACCUGCGGCUGUCGCACGCAUCAAGGGCCUGUGGCUCCAGGCAUCGGAAGAUGGCAUGUUGGCUGCAUACGAGCUGUGGCGCGACAGUUGUGUAGACAGCUCGCAGACCACGUCUCUCAAUGCUUGGCUUCUGUGGGACUUUCUCUGGUGCCCGCGACCCCCUCUCGUAUCUGCCGUCCGUUUCGCCGCUUCGCAGGUUAGGGAACGACUCUCACAGCGGUCACGAACUUGA